AUGAUUAUCCCAGUGGUCCUUAUUUCUGCCUUUUUCCUAAUUUCCACCUCCGUGGGAUCUGAAGAAUCCUGCUAUCUGUCGGAGGAGCAGGAGGACCAGUGUGCUUCCGUGUGCUACCCUAUCGUGAAGCCACUACUUCGAUAUUUUGAGAAAAGUAACGAGAAAGAUGUGCAGCUCCUACAGUGCAAGACAGACUACUCGGAACUUCAGAAACGAUAUUCCGAGUUGGGACUGGAAAAAUAUGACCAGAUAUCAAAAUGCCAACAGGACUAUUCGGACUUGGUUAGAAGGCAUUUCGAGUUGCAGGACGAGGGUCAAAAAAAAAAUUCUGAGAUAUUAAAGUUCAAAACGGAUCAUUCGGACUUGGAGAGAAGGCACUCAGAAGUGCAAGAUAAAUAUACGGAAGUGCUGAGUAAACUUAACGACAUUGAAGUUAAAUAUGAGAGGUUACUUGCCAAGCAGCAGGAAAGUGAAAAUCUUAACGCCCUAAUAAAUAAAAAAAAUAAAGAAAUCAAGCUACUUAAAGAGCAAAAUAGGGACCUAAAGAAAACAAAUGAACUUGCAACGUUGACAAAUCAGUUCCGCGAAAACAUCGAUAGGUUGGGAGAAAUAGUAAAGAAUGGAGCAAAUAUUUUAACAGAGUCGACUAAUAAAACAAAAGUAAAUACUGGAGGGGUCCCUACAACUCCACUGCCUAGUAUUAGUAAUCCGAUUACACCGAAAACAGAAAUCAUAGAUCUUCCAGAUCCUUGUCCACGAAACCAAACGGAAUACAAAGUCCUUCGCGAAAUCCAACUUCCAGGCUCAGACCCGUUUAGAGUGUUUUGUGUUUCAUUCGAUGAUUAUGGAUCAGGAUGGUUGAGGGUUUAUAAUAAACCUUAUUCUCUAGAAACAUUGAAUCGCACGUAUAAGGAUUAUGAACGUGGAUUUGGAAGUGUUUUAGCUGACUGGUUCUUCAUUGGACUCGAACGAUUGCACCUUUUAUUGAAUGCAAACCCUCAUGAUGUGCUUUUAAGCACCUAUGAGGGGACGCGUAUAUGCGAAAACUUUGUUGUAGGCGAUCGGAGCGAAGGUUACAAGGUGAAAAAUGUUGGCAAUUGUACUAUAUUGUAUGACCCGCGGUUGAGCCUUAAGCAGGGCUCCAAAUUUUCCACCUUCGAUCGAGAUGAGGAUGGAAUCCCCGAUCGUAACUUGGCGAAGGAUUUGGGUUUUGGCUGGUGGUUCGAUCCUACUAUGAGUAACAUUAGGUGUGUAUACCAGUUUUGUUUUUUCUUUCAUUUAAUCCCUAACUGA